UUUCAGUGGCUAGCUAGCUUGUUGCAAAAUAUAGGCUAUGUCCCAAAUGGUUAUCACAACACGGCUUGUAAAGUGAGCUAUGACGGUUCAGCUGCAAUAAUUGUACUUUUAUCACUUUAGGAAUUUCACCCUUGAAGAGGCCAGACCUGUGUUGCAGUACUGUUCAUAUGUGGACCAUAUGUGAUGGUAUCAGAAGCCCCCAGGUUUCAGUGCUCUACAUUACGUCAGCACAUGGCAGCAAAGGAUGAAGACAUGCCUCCUAGCUUGGACUUGUAGGACUCCCUCAAAGACCAAGAGGGAAACCAUGUGACUUGCUUGCUGAGGCUGAUCCCCCGCUGGUCAGCAGAGGAUUGGCCCUGAUGUCACCAAUCCUCCGUGAUGGGAUUAAACGGGCAGGAGCCAUAACCCCUGAACAGGAAGGAGGGAGGAAGCCAGACAUCCAUGUGCCGUACCUGUACGUAGACAUGGGAGCUGCUGUGCUCUGCGCCAGCUUCAUGUCGUUCGGGGUGAAGAGGAGAUGGUUCGCCAUGGCCGCUGCUGUUCAGCUGGCCGUCAGCACUUACGCUUCGUACAUCGGAGAACAGGUUCACUACGGGGACUGGCUGAAGGUCCGGAUGUACUCUAGAGCGCUCGCCAUCAUCGGAGGCUUCCUGAUUCUGGCCAGCGGAGCGGGGGAGGUGUACAGACAGAAAGCUCGUAGCAGGUCUCUGCAGUCCACCGGACAAGUCUUCCUGGGAGUCUACCUCAUCUGUGUGGUGUACUCCCUCCAGCACAGCAAAGAGGACCGUCAGGCCUACCUGAACCACAUCGUCGGAGGAGAGCUCACCCUGAUGCUGCUGGAGGUUCUGUUCGGGGUGCUGGCUCUCGCCUUCCUCUCCGGCUGCUACAUCCGCCUGGCCGCUCAGAUCCUGUCCACCGUCCUGCCUCUGGUGAUCCUGCUCAUCGACGGGAACCUGGGCUACUGGCACAACACGCGCAAGGUGGAGUUCUGGAACCAGCUGAAGCUGAUCGGACACAACGUGGGGAUCUUUGGCGCCGUGCUGAUCCUCGCUACGGACGGAUGAAUGUGAGGCGGUCACAGAUAACUUUUACAGGCUGAGGUGUCCGCGCAGGAGGAGUCUGAUGUCAUGGUCCGACUUUGUGAUCACAGCUCGGUGAUCUCUCAGGAUUCAAACACUAGCUCAAGCUGAGACUGUUGGAUGUUAGCAGCGUCGAUUGUCCUCGCCUUCCAGUUUGUUAUUUUUUGCUUUUGCGAUGUCAUAAUUUAUUCAGAUUCGUGUUUACAUUUUUGUCUCUGUUCUCGCUCUGAAACAUGACACCGAGUAUUGAUGCUGUUUUACCUCCGAGGUAUUUUACUCCACAGAGAAAGUCUUAAACGGUUCGUUGAUGUUUUACAGAGUUCGGCUCAAGCGUUUUUAUUAAUAAAGGGAAAUAAAAUCCAGCUCAUGGUUCUGCAAGACUACAAUAAUCCAGGCUAUCAAGUAAAACCUGUUGUUAGCGUCACAAUUUGUAUCUUCUGUGUAAAUAUUUUAUAUCAAAAUGAGCUGAUGGUGCACUAAAAGCUGAAGAGUGUUGUCCAUGUUUGAGUAUUUUCAGAAUUAAAUUUCUUCAUUUGACUGAUUUGUGUACACUUCAUCCUCCAGUCCUGUUCCCUCUGAGUUCUCCCCUCAUGUUUCCAAACACAGGAGAGAGAGCUGAAUGUAAGUGACGCCUUGUGGGAUGGAUUAGGUUUGUAAAUCAUUGUUCUGUAAUCAUACAGUGUUCAGCGAUGAAGCGUGCAUGAUUAUGUGGCGGGGAUGUGUCGAUUGGAGCUUUGAUUUUAUACUUGACAUCGUUUGAAAGAAGUGCUCAUUGCAUAAACAUUAGAGAGGCAGAAUGAGCUGAUUUAUGCAGCUGUCUGCAGAGUUGAUGAUGAAUAAAGAUAUCCGUCUCACUAAAC